AUGGCUCCUUUUGUUAGCCGUGGUGGUCCUCGCGGCGGUGGUCGCGGCGGUGCUCGUGGAGGCUUCGGCGGCGGUGGCCGUGGAGGUUUCGGUGGUGGUGGCCGCGGCGGUGCUCCCGGUGGCCGUGGUGGUUUCGGUGGUGGUCGAGGUGGUGGCCGUGGUGGUGGUCGCGGAGGCUUCGGUGAUCGCGGCCGCGGUGGCCCUCCCGGUCGCGGUGGUCGCGGCGGUCGUGGUGGUGCCCGCGGUGGUGCUGGCGGCCAAAAGGGUGGUUCCAAGGUCAUCAUUGAGCCUCAUCGUCACGCCGGUGUCUUUGUCGUCCGUGGCGGCAAGGAGGACGGUAUCGCUACCCGCAACCUGACCCCCGGCGAGUCUGUCUAUGGCGAGAAGCGCAUCUCGGUCGACGAGUCUGUUCAGAAUGACGACGGUACCACCACAACCACCAAGGUUGAGUACCGCAUGUGGAACCCCUUCCGCAGCAAGCUGUGCGCUGCCAUUGCUGGCGGUGCCGACGACAUCUACAUGAAGCCCGGCUCUCGCGUCCUCUACAUCGGUGGUGCCUCUGGUACCUCGGUGUCCCACGUCGCCGAUCUCGUUGGCCCUACCGGAUAUGUCUACGCCGUCGAGUUCUCUUCCCGCUCUGGUCGUGAUCUCAUUGCCAUGGCCUCCAAGCGCCCCAACGUCGUUCCCAUUGUCGAGGAUGCCCGUCAGCCCGCUCGCUACCGUAUGAUCGUCCCCAUGGUCGAUGUCAUCUUCGCCGAUGUUGCCCAGCCUGACCAGGCCCGUAUCGUUGCCAUGAACGCCAACUGGUUCCUCAAGGUUGGUGGCGGUGUCCUCAUCUCCAUCAAGGCCAACUGUAUCGAUUCUACUGCCCCCGCUGCUGAGGUUUUCGCCAGCGAGGUCCAGAAGAUGCGCGCAGAGGCCAUCAAGCCUAAGUUCCAGCUCACUCUUGAACCCUUCGAGCGUGACCAUUGUCUAGUUGCCGGUGAAUAUACCCGUGUCAAGAACUAA